AUGGCAAGACCUCCACAAUCUCUCAAAACCCACUUCCUCUGUUACCAAAACCAUCGCUCCAUCCAAAACCCUAACCCCCAAACCCAAAACAUCGGCCUCAACAAUGGCGGCAAAAAAUUUCUUCUGACCCAUCAACAGCCGAAGGCCCAGAGCUUAACCCAGAUCGCCAAAGAGGUUUCGAGGGUCAUUCGGACUCAACCCAGAUGGGAACAAACCCUACUCUCAGAUUUUCUUUCAAUCAAUCUCUUCGAUCCCAACUUUUUUAUUGAGCUUUGGAAGCAACAAAACAAUGUGCUUCUUUCCCUCCGUUUCUAUCUUUGGCUAAGCUCUCAACGUAGCUUUGUAUCGGAUAAAUUGGCGCGUGAUGUGAUUUUUGAUGGUGUUGUAAAAGCUAAAGCUGCCAAUGCUGCGAAAUCGUUUUUGACUUUUGUAGAUUUUACUCCUCAACCUGGUUCUUUAAAGGCUUAUGUUAGACGUCUGUGUGAAAAUGGGUCAAUUGAGAAAGCACUGAAGGUGUUUGAUGAAUUGCAAAAGCUAGGUAUUUGCCCGUUGUUAGAAACAUGGAAUUCGGCUUUGUUGGGUUCGGUUAGAGCUAGGCGAACCGAUGUUGUUUGGAAGUUGUAUGAAGAAAUGAUGGGUAGUGGUGAUGCAGGAAAUGUAGAUACAGUUGAGUAUUUGAUUCAAGCUUUUUGUAUUGAUAACAAUGUUUCGAAAGGUUUUGGGCUACUUAGGCAAGUUUUGGAAGAUGGGUUUGUUCCUAGUAAUGUUGCUUUUAAUAAAUUGAUAUCUGGAUUUUGCAAGGAUAGAUACUAUUCGAGAGUGUCUGCUCUCUUUCAUACUAUGAUUGCAAAGAAUCGACGCCCAGAUAUCUUUAUGUAUCAGGAAAUUAUCAGAGAGCAAUGCAAGAGAAGAAUGCGGCAUGAAGGAUUUCGAAUUUUCAAUGAUUUAAAGGAUAGAGGGUAUGCUCCGGAUAGGGUCGUGUACACAACAAUGAUACAUGGUCUUUGCAAGAUGAAAUGGAUUGGGGAGGCUCAAAAGCUUUGGUUUGAGAUGGUUCACAAAGGAAUAGUUCCAAAUGAAUACACGUACAAUGCAUUCAUUUAUGGGUUAUGUAGGAUUGGUAAUCUCAAAGAGGUGAAGGAGCUAUACAAUGAAAUGUGUUGUAAAGGUUAUAAAGAGACCACAGUGAGUUGCAACACUAUGAUCAGAGGGCUGUGUUUGCAUGGAAGAACAGAGGAAGCUCAUGUGUUGUUUCAAGAAAUGGCUGAGAAUAGAAUAGCUCGUGAUAUUAUCACGUACAAUUCUUUGAUUCAGGGUUUCUGCAAGGAAGGAAAAAUAGAUGAAAGUAUAAAUCUUUUGGCUGAACUUUUAGAGAAGGGUUUGCAGCCUUCAGCUGCCACGUAUACUGCCUCCUUAGAAAAACUUUGUGAGAUGGGUGAUGUGGAUGAAGCAAAAGAGUUGUGGGAGGAUAUGCAGAAAAGGGGUGUGGAACCAGCAGUAUGUACCCGUGAUUUCAUCAUAACUAGAUUGAGCAAUAAAGGGUAUGUAGCCGAGAGGAUGGAAUGGUUGGCUGCAAUGUUGAGACAUGAAAGUAUAAAUCUUUUGGCUGAACUUUUAGAGAAGGGUUUGCAGCCUUCUGCUGCCACUUAUACUGCCCCCAUAGAAAAACUUUGUGAGAUGGGUGAUGUGGAUGAAGCAAAAGAGUUGUGGGAGGAUAUGCAGAAAAGGGGUGUGGAACCAGCAAAUUCCAACCAUGUUGAGACAUGUCUAGGUGGUAUUCUGCAGAAAGAUACUGCAGCAUCUGAGAAAGCACUGAAGGUGUUUGAUGAAUUGCAAAAGCUAGGUAUUUGCCCGUUGUUAGAAACAUGGAAUUCGGCUUUGUUGGGUUCGGUUAGAGCUAGGCGAACCGAUGUUGUUUGGAAGUUGUAUGAAGAAAUGAUGGGUAGUGGUGUUGCCGGAGAUGUAGAUACAGUUGUGUAUUUGAUUCAAGCUUUUUGUAUUGAUAACAAUGUUUCGAAAGGUUUUGGGCUACUUAGGCAAGUUUUGGAAGAUGGGUUUGUUCCUAGUAAUGUUGCUUUUAAUAAAUUGAUAAUUGGAUUUUACAAGGAUAGAUACUAUUCGAGAGUGUCUGUUCUCCUUCAUACUAUGAUUGCAAAGAACCGACGCCCUGAUAUCUUUACGUAUCAGGAAAUUAUCAGAGAGCUAUGCAAGAGAAGAAUGCGGCAUGAAGGAUUUCAAAUUUUUAAUGAUUUAAAGGAUAGAGG